AUGGAUUCAAACGAGAGAUAUCCGGAACAGGAUGCCGAAGGUGGCGAUAAUCUGCCGACAUACGAUGAUCUAGCGGAGAGGCAUGGCGCCAAUUCGAGAUUCGGGCGGUGGAGGAGUUGGAUCGAGAAGAGAGCAGCGGAACGGUAUGCAGACACGACGCAGGAGGACCUGGACCGGAGAAGGCAGAGAGGGUGGGGUGAUAACCUGACUAUACCCGAUCCAGAGCCACCCUACGCGCCACCGCUCCCCGAGCGCUCACCCGCCCGUUCGGCCGCUUCGCUCGCGCCUCCUACGCCCGAGCGUCUGUCCCUAUCUCCCGUGCCUCCACUCCCACCGCGACUAGCCACGCCAGAACCCGGAGGGAGCGGCUCCUCACAACCCCGCUUGAGCGUACAGACGCUGAUACAAGACCUGCCCAGUCUACCGCCCGUAGCCUACACACCAGAUGAAUACUCCGCCGAGUCACAAGCUCCUGCAGGCCAGGUCCUCGACCCAUCACAUCUCAUCAUGACCCACUUCGGCUCCCGUUUCUUAGCACACUCCCAGUCACAGAUCCAUACAAUAUUGCCGCUCACGGGCGAUCGCUUACUGCUCUUUGGUCACGACGAGGGUCUGUCGGUGUUGAAUAUGUUCCCGCAAGAGUGGGGCGAGGAUGGCUUGGUGUCGAAAGGACCUGCGGAUGCUCAGGCUUUACCAAUAUGGGAAGGCGAGGCCGUUUAUCAGAUGAGUAUACUCGAAAUCGAGUAUACUGGAGACAGCAUACCUCAAGGCGUAGUCCUCUGUCUUGUCGGAAAGGAGGGCGAUGAGAAUCGUAGUCUACGAAUGCACAAUCUCGCCAGUCUUAUCAGCCUGGCAAAGUGGGCUGUCGCGCACAAGGGGACAGAUCCUCUACAAUUAGGCCGGCCAGCAGGAUGGACUCCGCAAGGAUCUCAUAAACGCAAGAGCCGGGUAUCAGGCAACUUCACGCGAGGGAUACGCUCACUCAUCGAAGGGUCACCCGUCAGCCCUCCGGACGCCGGACCCUCCUAUGAUCGCCUCGUUCAGACUACAAACGAGCAUAAGACGCCUCCCCGGCGACGUCCAGAGAUGACACGACAUGACUCAAGCAGCGGUUGGGAUAUGGUCGAUGAAUUACCAUUGCGUUGGGCGACGGAUUAUGUGCCUUUGGCUUCUGCUGGUUCGCGUCUAGCGAACUCGUCCGUCUUGACGUUCGCCGUGUGGCGCGAUCUUAAUCAUCCUCGAGGGAACGCACUGCUUGCCGUCGCAACGAAGUCAUCGGUGUUGUUGUAUGAAUCGCCAAAGGGGGAACGGGCUUUCAGGUUUCUAAAGGACUUUUACACACCCGUCUCCCCGCGAAACAUCAAGUUCGUACAACAGCUUCCUUCUGCAGAUCCCAUGUCGCGCAGUCCCUCCGACGUCUCCAUGGCUUCCUACUCGAAGCACAAACGCGAAGGUAGUAGCGCGACACUCAUAAGCAGCCACGGUCAUGGACACAGCCGUCGACAUAUGUCCACCUCUGUUCGCCCAGUGCAGUACGGCCAGCAACUCAGCUUAUUUGUGGUGUUCGAGAAGAAAGCCGGCUUGAUACGUCUUGUUGAUUCGGCUGUGGCUGAGGUCGAGUUAUACGAUGAUACUGGCUCCAUCACCCACUCCUCGAGCGAGCAUGGCGGCGGCUCCUUUAAUUCUCUCGGGCCAAGCUCAUCGCGUCAUUCUCGCAAAGGACGCGGAUCCGGAGACGGAUUCGCAUUUGUGAAGGACGGGAAGGGGCACUGGAUAUUGCCAGCAGAGACGGAGCUCCCGAUCGCACCGGGGGUGAAGCAAGGCGUGUGCUGCCUGACGCGUGGUGUCCGGACGCAUGUCCUUCCGAAUCCCUUGCCGGCCAACAUCGCGCUUACUCCUCCCUGGAGGACGUUUGUCUGGCGUAUCCCACCCACCAGUAUCGAGGCGCGGGUAAUAUACCCCUCAGAAGCGGGUGAGAUGCCCUAUCUACAGUUGAUCGCAGCAAGUCAGGACGGGUUGGAGGUUCAAGAGCUCUCGGCUUUCGCCUUGCUAGAUGGAAAAGGAAAGGGUCGGCCCGAGGAGCCCGUGCGAUCGCAAACCGAAUUUGGUGGUGACACCGGCCUGUUGCUUCCCGGAGGUCACUGGGACCGACCGUACGAUGCGCCUCUUGCUCGCUCCUACUCUACGAGUAGUACGAUGACGUACGACAGCAUGGAUACCGAGGAUCUACAUGCUAAACUGCAGAAGACGCAGGGCCACUACGGAUGGCAGCGCCGCGCGGCGGACGACUGGCGAAUAUUCUGGGUCGGCGGGACCGGCUCUCCAGAUCUGACAACGGACGAGUAG